UUUAUUAUUUAGAUUUAUUUUGUUGAAAUACAUAUUCGUUUUGCAUUUGCAACAAUUCAAUAUUUUGGAGUGUGGAUUUGUUAUUUUUCCAUUCAGUGCAUUGAUUUUCAAUAGCGGAGAAACUUGUCACAUUGUGUUGUCUAAUUAGCCAUUAUUUUAAAUUGGACUUUGGACUUUAUAGUUUUUUUUUGUCGAUCGUCAAAUUAGUUGAAAUUGAAUAUGAAUAAGGGACGAUUCUAUGAUGAAAUGGAUAUUCAGGCGGUUGAAUCGAAAUUGAACGAUGUCACAGUGACAGCAAUACCAAUGGCAAAUGUUGCAAGCAAGCAACAGUACGGUCAUCAUCAUUCAAAUUCCAAUUCGUCAUCACAUUAUGGUUCAUCGAAAUCGAAUAAAAACCAAAAUAAUCAAUAUUUAACCUAUCAACAAAAUCAAUUGAUACAAUCUGCUAUUCAGCUAGUACAACAACAACAACAAUUGCAACAACAUCAACAACAGCAACAACAGCAACAACGCCAAAGACAACAACAAGAACGAGAGCGAGAACGUGAACGUGAAAUUUUGGAAAAUGCUAAUUUAAAUCGAUUGGUUUCAGCCACUCCACCGGCAUCUCAACUGUACAGUAGCUAUGGCCAGAGCAACAACGGAUUGGGAUUGUCUCAAUCAUCGACGUCACAAGGUUCGGGCCUAUCGAAAUAUGCGCAGCUGCUGGCCGUGAUCGAAGAAAUGAACCGUGAUAUUCGACCAACGUACGCAAUGGGACGUGGUGACCGUUUGAAGCGGCUGAUUAUUCAAGCAAAGGUAUUGGUUCGUGAAUGUUUGAUGGAAACGGAGCGAUCGGCGCGACAAUAAAUAAAAUAACGUAUACGCGAAAAACAAGAGACUAUAAAAAAAAUUAUUUUAUUUUUCGACGAUGACUUGGUGUGUGAAUGUUUAAAUUGAAAUGUUUGAUUUGGACUUUAUAUCUGUUUUCAUUUCUAGCACCAUUGAGUACUUAUAGGUCAUAUUAAAUCGUAGUUACAAUUAACAGAAUGAAAAGAGCGAAAAACGGAAAACAAAUCAAUAUACAAACGACCUUCCAUUCCAAAUCAGGUCAUUUUAUAAAAUCGUAUAUUUUUCGAUGAAAAUAGAGAAUGUUUCACAAUCACAUGCACUUUUUAUAUAUAUAGAAUUACUCAUCGUUUAGUAUAAAUAGAAAGAUUUGAAUGGAGAAAAAAGUUAAAAACAACGAUGACACAGAUCGUCACCACAUAUAGUUCAAUAUUUUAAUAUUUUUUUGUAAUUGUUACCAAAUCUCAUUUUGUGCACCAGCAAUGUUUUGGUGAAUUCAUUGCAUCAACGUUUUCUUUUCUUGCAAACACACUGCUCUCCCAUAACACAACACACGCUGAACGGCAUCGCAGCGACACAUAUUUAUAGUUAAAUCUCUUUAUUUUUGUGAAAAUUAUACACAAUAUACAAACAAAAAAACAAUUUAUUAAAAUGACAAACAAUUUUGUAGAAGAAUUGUUUUACAACAAAUUUUUUGUAACUUGUAACUAUUGAAUAAAAACAAAUAGCCGAUUUAGCAAAAAAAAAU